CCACUAUGGCCACACCGUCUCUCGGCAUCAUUCUCAGCGAUGGCAGACCAAAUAGCAGCUGCGUCGCAAGCACUCGCACUUGUACCUUCGACGGCGUUCAGCGGCAAUGACAUGUCAGCUGAAUUGGUGUCUCUCAAAUCGAAACUCGCAUCGAUUGAGAGCACGCAAGAACGCCUCGCGGCUGAGUUUGCUGCUUUGAAAGAGCAGUUUACGGAGCUGAACACGGAUAAGGGACCUGCGUUGGAAGAGUUGGACAAGAAGAUCGAGGCACUCAAGAAGGUCCGACUUCCUGCGCGUCUGCAUAACUCUCGGUGUACAGUUUUGAAGAUGCAACUCAAGGCGCCCGUCGCAAGCGAUGGCAAGCCACCGCCAAACUUCCCUGCUACCAGGGGAGAAUUCGAGCAUAUUACGAAGGAGCGCUAUGAGGCCAUUCUCAAGGCUUAUGGUCUGCCUAUCAAGGGAGACACCAAUGCCAAGCAAGAUGCCGUUCGUACAUUUAUC